UAUACAUAAUUUAUACAGCUUUAUAUUACUUCUUUAUCGCUGAUUAACAUGAAAUUUAGUUCCAUAUUUAUUUUCCUAUCAUGUACAAGGGAUGUUGUUUCAGCAAAUGCAGCAGGAAUUUGUUCGAAUGAUUCCAUCGGGGAACCUUUACAAUGCUGUCAAAACUAUCGCCAAGUAGGAGAUGUUUGUGAAGAAUGCUGGCCGGGGACAUACGGUUGGAACUGUCACCCAUGUCCUUCCGGUUUUUAUGGAAAGUUUUGUCGAGAGUCGUGUAAUCAGUGUGCGUCAUGUGACCCAGUUAAAGGAUGUGCAACAAGUAACAAUUCUACCGCUAGAAUUACAAAUAACAACACGAAUCAGGGGACUCGAUGGAUAGCUAUAGCCAUAUCUGUGACGGGUUGCUUUGGCGUUGUGUUUGCAGCUUUAAUGUGCAUUUAUUGCAUACAUAUUAGGAAAACUACAUCACAACGAUGCCAUGAAAAUCAAGCAAAACCAGCUACAGGAAUGCAGACAAUGAACAUGGCUUAUGGACUUACACGAGAAAAUGAUCUAGUGAUAACCCUUCCUAAUGAAAUUGACUCAAGUAACAAAUUCUGUGGUCAUGUGGAAGAUGGACCUUAUGAUACUUUAAUUUUGAAAAACAGCGAAGCCUUUUUAAUGUAA